AUGCAUAUCAAAGACAAAUUGGCCCUGGCAGAGGCCACUGGACGGCCCGGAAUCUCCUUCGAAUUCUUCCCUCCAAAGACGGCGCAAGGUGUGCAGAACCUGUACGAUCGUAUGGACCGUAUGCAUGGACUUGGACCAGCUUUUAUCGAUAUAACAUGGGGUGCGGGAGGCCGGCUGGCAGAGCUUACAUGUGAGAUGGUCCAUGUAGCCCAGUCCGUCUAUGGACUGGAGACCUGCAUGCAUCUCACCUGUACGGAUAUGCCCAGGGAGAGGGUCGACGAAGCUCUCCAGAGUGCCUUCAAGGCCGGAUGCACCAACAUCCUAGCUCUGCGAGGAGACCCGCCGCGAGAGAAAGAGGCGUGGGAGCAGACCGAAGGCGGAUUCCGGUAUGCGAGGGAUCUUGUCCAGUAUAUCAGGGAGAAGUAUGGUAACCACUUCGAUAUCGGCGUUGCCGGUUACCCAGAAGGGUGCGAGGACGAGGAAGACCCUGAGCUCUUGAUGAAGUACCUGAAGGAGAAGGUCGAUAUGGGUAGUACAUUUAUCAUCACCCAGAUGUUUUACGAUGCCGAACAUUUCCUGGACUGGGUCAAGAAGUGCCGGGAGGCUGGCAUCGCCGUACCCAUCAUACCCGGUAUCAUGCCCAUCUCGACCUAUGCGGCCUUCAUUCGUCGAACGAACUGGGUCAAGUGCAAGAUCCCCAAGGGCUGGCUUGAGGCUCUCGAGCCUGUCAAAAACGAUGACGCCGCCGUCAAGCAGAUCGGAAAGGCUCUUGUGUCCGAAAUGUGUAGAAAACUACUCGAUGGUGGCAUUCACCAUCUGCACUUCUAUACUAUGAAUCUUGCACAGUCAACCUCCAUGGUUUUGGAGGAAUUAAACUUGAAGCCGUCCUCCGAGACCCCUCUCCAGAAGCCAUUGCCAUGGAGAAAGUCUUUGGGUCUUGGAAGGAGAGAGGAAGACGUUCGACCUAUUUUCUGGAGACACAGACAUCAAUCAUACGUCGCACGCACCCAGUCCUGGGAUGAGUUCCCCAACGGCCGCUGGACCGACUCCCGGUCCCCCGCAUUCGGAGAACUUGACGUUUACGGUAUCGGACUCAAGGGCACCAACGAGCAAAACGUUAAGCUAUGGGGUGAGCCCAAGUCUAUCAAAGACCUAUCGAAUAUCUUCAUCCGCUUCCUGGAAGGGAAACUCGACAGACUUCCAUGGAGUGAAAGCGCCAUCACGCAAGAGUCGGAUAUCAUCAAGGAUGACCUGAUAGAACUCAACAACAGGGGAUUCCUGACCAUCAACUCCCAGCCGGCGAUCAACGGAGCGCAAUCCUCGCAUCCAGUCUAUGGAUGGGGACCUAAGAAUGGUUACGUGUACCAAAAGGCGUAUCUCGAGCUACUCGUCUCUCCUACCUUGAUCGAUGAGGUUAUUAGACGCAUCGAGACCAAUUCUGACCUGACGUACCAUUGUAUCAACAAGAACGGCGAGCUGAAGACAAACACCAGCGAUACACCCAAUGCCGUCACCUGGGGUAUCUUCGCUUCCAAGGAAGUGAUUCAACCUACAAUCGUAGAGACAGUCAGUUUCCUAGCUUGGAAGGACGAGGCAUACAGACUGGGCGAUGACUGGGCCAAAUGCCACGACGCUGCAAGCCCCAGCAGGAAGCUGAUCCAAAACACGAUGGAUAACUGGUAUCUUUUCAACAUCGUAAACAAUGACUUCCACAAGACACACGACAUUUUCGACCUAUUCAAGGGUCUCGUCGUAAAGGACCUCGAGACUGAAGUCAGCGGCACUCAACAAGCUGCUGCACCAGAGCAGAACGGAACAUCAUCAGAAGCGCUGGUCUCAAAGGCUGAGAAACUAGCUGUUACAGCAAACUAG